AUGGACGGCGCAGAGAAAAACAUCGAAAUCUGGAAGAUCAAGAAGUUGAUCAAGUCCCUCGAGCUUGCCCGUGGUAACGGUACCUCCAUGAUCUCGUUGAUCAUCCCGCCAGGAUCCCAGAUCUCCUUGACCCAGAAGAAGUUGACUGAAGAAUACGGUACCGCCUCCAACAUCAAGUCGAGAGUCAACCGUCUUUCCGUUCUUUCCGCCAUCACUUCCACCCAGCAGAAAUUGAAGUUGUACACGCACUGCCCCAAAAACGGUCUUGUGCUUUACUGUGGUGAUGUCAUUACCGAUGAGGGUAAGGAAAAGAAGUUGAACAUUGACUUUGAGCCUUUCAAGCCAAUUAACACGUCCUUGUACUUGUGUGACAACAAGUUCCACGUGGAGGCGCUUUCCGAGUUGCUUCAGGACGACGACCGGUUCGGUUUCAUCAUCAUGGACGGUAAUGGAGCUCUUUUCGGUGCUGUUUCUGGUAACAACCGUGAGGUUUUGCAUAAGUUUACUGUGGACUUGCCCAAGAAGCACGGCAGAGGUGGUCAGUCUGCUGUUCGUUUCUCCCGUUUGAGAGAGGAAAAGAGACACAACUACGUCAGAAAAGUCGCCGAGGUUGCUGUGCAAAACUUUAUUGAAAACGACAAGGUCAACUGUAAGGGUUUGAUUUUGGCCGGUUCCGCCGACUUCAAGAACGAAUUGUCCAAGUCCGACUUGUUCGACGCCAGAUUGCAGGCCCGUGUGUUGAAGAUUGUCGAUGUUUCUUACGGUGGUGAGAACGGUUUCAACCAGGCCAUUGAGCUUUCUGCCGAGACCUUGGCCAACGUCAAGUUCGUCCAGGAGAAGAAGCUUUUGAACACCUACUUCGAGGAGAUCUCUCUUGAUACCGGUAAGUUCUGUUACGGUAUCGAGGACACUUUGAAGGCCUUGGAUGCUGGUGCUUGUGAGACCGUCAUUGUCUACGAGAACUUGAACAUUGUCAGAUACACCUUGAAGGACUCCGAGGACCGUGAGGUGAUUGCCCACGUGAACCCAGAGUUGGGUGACAAGUCCUACUUGCUCGACAAGGCCACUGGUACCGAGAUGGAGACCGUCAAGGAGGAGAUGUUCUUGGAGUGGUUGGCUGAAAACUACAAGAGCUUCGGUGCCACUCUCGAGUUUGUCACCGACCGUUCGUCCGAGGGUGCCCAGUUCGUCCAGGGUUUCGGUGGUGUUGGUGCUCUUUUGAGAUACAAGCUCAACUUCGAGCAGUUGAUUGACGAGUCCGACGAGGACGAGUACUACGACAGUGAUGAGGACUUCAUUUAA